AAAUAGAACACAGAGAAAGAACUAUGUCAGUUAUACAUCUACGAUUUUGCAGUUCUCUUUAAGUUUAAGCUGUAUCUAAACAAAGAAUGCAUCAUGAUUGUUUGAAACUAUGAAAUUUAAAAAAUACGUACUCAUGCAUGUCCUCACCUACUUCACACCCACCCAAGCUAAAUCACAUAACAUGGCGGAUCUAUUGACCUUAGAGAAUUUUAUCGACGGAAAAUUCGUGGCUUGUGCUCAGCACAUAGACAGCUUCGAUCCCUCGACGGGCAAACCACAUGCCCGGGUACCUGAUAGUGGAAAUGAGGAAAUCGAUCUCGCAGUUCAGGCUGCAAAAAAAGCCUUUCCUAGCUGGUCCAAAACUUCAAUACAAGAGAGAGCAAGGAUCAUGAUGAAAAUAGCAGAUAUCAUUGAAUCACGUCUGGAUGAGUUUGCUAAGAUGGAGUCGAAGGACCAAGGGAAGCCUGUGUGGUUGUCAACGAUUGUGGAUAUUCCAAGAGUUCUACUAAAUAUGAGAUCUUUUGCUAUUGCAAUUCAAAACCAGGUCAACAGAUCGACUGUAAAGAAAGGUCAGGGUGCAGUUAAUUACACAACACACGAGCCAGUGGGCGUGGCCGGUCUCAUCUCCCCUUGGAAUCUUCCAAUGUAUCUUCUCACAUUCAAAAUAGCUCCUGCAAUUGCUGCAGGAAACACAGUUGUGUGCAAGCCAAGUGAGAUGACAUCUGUCACAGCAUGGAUGUUUGCAAGUGUCUUAAAUGAAGCAGGUCUACCUCCUGGGGUGGUGAACAUUGUGUUUGGUGUGGGUCCAAAGUGUGGAGCUGCUCUGGUUAAACAUCCAGACGUUCCCAUCAUCUCAUUCACCGGUUCAACUGCCACUGGACGAUACAUCAUUGAGAAUAGUGCACCAUACUUUAAAAAACUCUCCCUGGAGCUUGGUGGCAAAAACGCUGCGAUAAUAUUUGAAGACAGUGAUCUUGAGAAAUGCGUACCCGGCUGUCUGAGGUCCGGUUUUACUAACCAAGGAGAGGUUUGUCUAAGCACGAGUAGAAUUUUUGUGCAACGAUCUAUUUAUAAGGCCUUCCUGAAAAGAUUUGUUAGCGCAACCAAGGACUUAAAAGUUGGACGGCCAAGUGACAAAGAUACUAAAGUUGGUGCUCUCAUCAGCAAGGAACAUUUAGCAAAGGUAAAGAAUUACGUGAAGAUAGCAAGAGAUGAAGGAGGGGUUAUUGAAUGUGGCGAAGGAAAGGAUCCAAUGCCUGAAUUACCUAAAGAAAACAAGAGUGGUUACUUCAUGUUGCCAACUGUAAUAACGAGUUUAAAGGAUGACAGCACGUGCAUGCAAGAGGAAAUAUUUGGUCCUGUUGUGUGCAUCACUCCAUUCGACGAUGAAGAGGAGGUGAUAGGUCGAGCGAACAACGUGAAAUAUGGUUUGUGUGCUUCCAUUUGGUCUGAAAACGUUGGUAGAGUUCACAGAGUUGCACAAAGAAUGGAGGUUGGCACUGUUUGGUGCAAUUGUUGGCUAUUGCGUGAUCUCAAUGUGCCUUUUGGUGGCAUUAAGGCGUCGGGGAUUGGACGCGAGGGAAAUUUUGAAUCUCUGGAGUUCUAUACAGAAGUCAAGACUGUGUGUGUGAAAUAUACUGAAUAAAAUAUGAGGGGGAAUCAACCGUUUUUGACAAAACCUCUCUAAGAAACAGAUUAUAUUUAUAGUUUGUAUUCGUAUUUAGCUUCAUACCUUUAUAGUAA